AGUGUAUCGAUAAGAUCUGUGAACAAUGAUCACCAUCUCAGUAUUAUACUAAACUUUGCGGUGAAGUGUUCUCUGUUUUAAACCAGGAUUUUUUCGACAUGACGAAAGCAACCAUCGCUGGCGCGCUCGCAGUGGACACAGCCCUCGACGUACUCUUUGGUGAUGGAAACUCAAUCAGAUUUGAGGAUUGUUGGCUAAGGGACCAUUGCAGGUGUUCAUCUUGUUACCACUCAGAUACAUUCCAGAGAGCAAACCAUAUACUAGAAAUUCCAGAUGCAACGAUCCUUAAUAUAGAAAGCAAUGAAACGCAAAUUGAUGUUGAAUGGAGUGACAACCAUAAAUCAACGUACACAGCGGAAUUUUUAUCCAAAUUCGACUACAAAACGUGGAAAGAAAGUAAAAGACUUAAACCUGUAUUAUGGCAUGGAGACAUUUCGGACAAGAUUGCUAAGGUCCAUGUCGAUGAGUUUCUUAAGUCUGUGGAUGGCGCGAAGCACGUCUUCCAGUCACUUCUCGACUACGGCGUCGCAUUGAUUGAAGGGGUAGGGGUAUCAGAAGAAGCUACAGAGGAAGUCUGUAAAGCUCUUGGUGGAGUCCAGCAUACAAUAUUUGGAGGCAUGUGGAAGUUUACCACAAGGGCUGACCACGCCGACACAGCAUAUACGAACUUACCUUUAGCUGCUCAUAAUGACAAUACAUAUUUCACUGAAGCUGCUGGUUUGCAAAUCCUACACUGCUUAGAACACACAAACGGGACGGGUGGUGAAACCAUACUGGUAGACGGGUUCUAUGGAGCGAAUCAACUUAAUAAGGAGUUACCUGAAGACUUCAAGUUCUUGACGACUUUUAAUGUGGAGGCCGAGUAUAUAGAAGAAGGACACCAUCACACGUACUCCGCACCAGUUAUAAGAGUGGACAAUGAUACAGGGGAUUUGGUUCAAAUUAGGUUUAACGUGUACGACCGCGCUGCAAUGGCUUUUCGAAACAGUAACGACUGCCGGUCUUACUAUCGCUCUUUAAGAAGCUUGGCGAAACACUAUGAAAACAUCAGUAACCAAUGGAGGUUUAAAUUAAAACCAGGUACAGUAAUGGCGAUGGAUAACUUCAGAGUGUUACACGGCAGGACUGGCUUCUCUGGCAGUCGCGUGCUCUGUGGCAGCUACGUGGCGCGUUCCGAUUGGCUGGACCGAGCCCGAGCCCUUGCUCUCAUCCAAUGACACGUCUUGAAUUAAUUGACUACGUGCAUUUAAUGUGUUGGAGUGUUCCUAUGUUAUGCUAAUUAAUAAAUGUCUUUUGUUGAA